UAGAUAAGACUAAAAAAUAUCAAAACAUUUAAUUAAUUCUCAUCGCGUUUACCCUUAGCGCGAGCGUUUGCCGACUGUAACAUAGAUAAUAAUAUAGAUGGGCGUAAACACGGUAGAAAAAGUUUCUUCCAUGGGCGUACCAGACUUUUACCAGUAAUACCAACCCGGUAUCUCUCCUCUCGACGAUCCUUCGCGCGCAUGUAUAAAUUCAUGUUUUUAGCUCAGCACUGGUGCUAACUCGUCACAUGCUCGUCACUCACGAGCUUUGACUCUUGCACGAGUUAGUGAGAUCACAAAAUAAAUUACUAAAACCUCUUUACAUUUAACCAAAAACAACUUCCUAUGUCAAAAAUCUAUUCUCUAACUUUAUCACUUUUCUUCUACUGUCGAAAAUAUAGAAGAAAAUAUGAAUUUGUUAACUUUAAUUACGUUCUUCUCCGUUUUACAAACAAGUUUUGCGGACAAAAACACAGUUCCUGUGUUCAUGCUGGACUUUAAUCGAGCAAUGAGUCAUGUUCAAAUAGAUCCCAAUCCGUUCACGAAAGUUUCAGCAGCCAGCUUGGCCCAUAUAGUUCACGAUUCUAUAAAACGGAGUGAUGGCAUGGUCAUAUUCGUCGAAGACACAUUUUGCACCGAAGAUAUUAGCACUAAGGACAAAUACGGCACACCUUACAUACAUUUACGCGCCGCUCUGCUCGAUAAAAAAGUAAAAUACUUCCCGUCCGUUAUAGAUCCAUUCAAAAUUUUGAACAACAUUUUCAAGCCGCAACAACACAACAUAUUUUAUUUAUCAAGUCAGACGAAGUUGCAAAUAACGGAUACGUUUGAUCAUAUUUAUAUUUUCUUCCAAGAUGGGGUGAAUGAGACUAGGUCCCAGAUUUUGAGGAGACAUGAUUCUAUAAUAAGAGAAGUGAUGUUUGUCGUUCGUCAGUUGAAGAGGGGGCCGGUUGUGGCGUUUUAUACGGGUAAAAUGAACCCAGUGGUCGUGAAGAAGAUAGAACAGGAGAAGAAGCCACAAGCUUUAUCUUCAAUGAAGAAGGGGGUCAUGGUUGUGUCUUCUAUUGGACUUUUUCGGCUUCAUGGUGUGUACGCAGCCACACAAACCAGGCGCUCGGUAUUUGACCAAGUACCAGGGGUAUCUAAAGAGACGCGGAACGGAAAACAGGGAUCAUCGAUAAGGAUAGCCUAUCCAGUGUUUGACAUCGAGUUCGCUUUCACUUUUAACGAGGAAGGAUGGACCUUUGAUUACGUGUCAAUCUAUGAAGUUGAUGAAGAGGUCGGAAGGACAAAUAUAGGUAUAUGGGUGCCGUGGAACCACUCGCUUUACUGCCCGGAACCAAUACAUAUCAUUAACCAAAGAGAUUUGAGCUUUAUCGUCAUUACUCAGUACCAGGUCCAACCCAAGGACGUUGGCGUGCCUCUAAGCCUGGAAGACGGUACAGUAUUCAGUGACCCUAUCCACUGCGGCCCUUACUUCACAUCGCCCAUAUUAGCCUGUUUGUUCGUCUCCCUUCUAUGUCUAGCUAUAACUUUGUAUGGUAUCAUGACGCUCUUCGAUUGUGUAUCUGGAGAUCGGUUUGAAGAUCCCAACGCUAAGCCUCUUACGCAUGAGGUUAUGCAUUGAACGCGAGUGAUAAAUAGGUAAAGAUGUUAUAUGUCAAAAAAGUUAGGGGCUGUCUCCACGAGCGAGAGAAUCGCGACGAGUCCCCCCUUAUAUCGUCGGAUAAUCUCCACGAACGAACGAUAAUUCCGCUGCGUUUGACAGCGCGCGUCGCGUUGCUAUAUAGUCGCGGCGGGCUAGCGACGAUGUAGUGACGUUUUGCGCGCUCGUUGCCACUCGUCGCAUCGCGGCGAUAAUAUCGCCGUGUGGAGACGGUUCCAUAGAGAGUGUAUAGAAAAACGUGGCUCGUGGAGACAGCGCCUUAGUGAGCUAUACUGUAUUGUAUUGAGCAUGUACCUACAUUUAUACACCCAAGUUUGGCCCAUUCGCUUUCGUGGAUAAAACAUUUGAAAUAGCUUAGGUUCGUUAAUUAGGUUCUUUUGUAAGAUUUGUCAUUUUAUGUUAAUAAAUAAAUAAGCUUCGUAAGCAAA